AAAAUGAAGACAAUCUUAUUACUACUUGCUUUGAAUCUGAUUGUGAUAAGUGCUCAAAGACUGGACACCAGCGUACGCAGAAGAUGUUCACCAAACCGGAAUAACUGUCCCCGUGGGUAUGUCUGUAGAAGAUCACAAAUCUUUUGUUUUAGAGCACCUUGUCCACAAGCACGACCAACGUGUCAAAGGAGAACAUGUCAGGAUUUGCGAUGCCCGCCUAGUUCAGUUUGUAGAGAUCGGGGAUCACAACCAGCAAGAUGUGUAAGAUCUAUUGGUCAAAUAGGAAAUUCGUGUCCGAGAGGUUUUGUACAGUUUGGAAGUCGACGCUGUUUCUCAUCCAGACAAUGUGGAACAUCUCAACGUUUUUUCUGUACCAAUGGAAUUGGAUUUGCUGGUGGCGUAUGCUGUUCGAGAAGAAGAAACCAAUCCGGUCAAAAACCAGGCAGGUGUCCAAGAGUAAACCGAAUCACUAGCUGUGAUGUACAAUGUUUUUCUGAUAAUCAGUGCCGUGGAAGAAGAAAAUGUUGUCAACUUGGAUGUCGUCGAGCAUGCGUAGAACCAAGAGGACUGGUUAUUGCCUUUUAGAUUUUACAAUUUUAUGUAUAUUGGUGCCAAAAAUUACCCCAUUUCAUUUGUAUAUAUUGUUUUUUAUUUGAUAAAAAUAUAUUUGUGUUC